CACAAUCAGUAAAUGAGAUCCGGUACAUUCCUAAGUGAAGUUAUGGCCUUCCUCCGGAUUGAGGUAUUAGAUUUUCGGUCCGUGCACUCAAUGAUGAAACCGACACGGUCUCUGCCUCGGACUGCAACAAGUCCGAUGCCAAGAAUAAAGGGACACAGCAUUUCGGCACCAGCAGCAGCAAGCGAAUAGUCAGAAGGACGUAGACAGCCUUCGAGUGAUUGUUGCGCCGAGUAUUCCUCGACGGUUUCAGACCGACAUCAUUUCAGUCGCGUGUAAGCAGUCGAUCGUUGAACGUUGUGUCGAUUGACGGCACCAUCGAUGGGUUAUCAGCAUUCGUGCUCUUUUAUUAUUUGGAUAUAAUCAAACCGAACAGCCGAAUCGAAUAAAGAUGGAAAUGAACAACAGUCCGAUUUCCGUGAUCUCGUCGAAGAAGAACUCUGUUCACGGCGAUGAAACAACUUUUAAGCAGCCACUUGGUAAUAGUGGAACUUAUGGAGCAUUCCAAUCGAAGGAUCCCAUUCUAGCGAUAGAGAAGAGCAGCGAUACCACAAAAAAUGGAACUAAUGAGCAUGGUAUCUCUGUGAACCAUCCCACCUCGUACCUGGAAACGAUGAUGCAUCUAUUCAGGGGUAACGUCGGUUCGGGGAUCUUUGCGUUGGGAGAUGCUUUCAAGAACGCUGGAUUGUUGUUGGCACCACCGCUAACGAUCUUUCUUGGUAUCAUUUGCGUGCACGCUCAACACGUUCUCAUUAAAUGCAAUAAAGAGGUGACGCGUCGUGUUGGUCAUGAUACUAACACAACUGGAUUCGCCGGAACUGUGGAAAUGUGCUUUGCUACUGGUCCCAUUAGAUUUCGUAAAUAUUCGACUUUUAUGAGAAAGUUGGUUAAUGUAUUUUUGUGUGUCACGCAAUUCGGAUUCUGCUGCGUUUAUUUCGUUUUUAUUUCCACAAACAUGAAACAGGUACUGGACGCGCACGGAAUUGAGAUGGACGUUCAUGAGCAUAUGGCCGUAGUAUUGAUUCCCAUAAUGCUUAGUACUUGGAUCAGAAAUCUCAAGUAUCUGGUACCUGUGAGCUCGAUAGCGAAUUUCCUAAUGAUCGCUGGUUACAUCGCCACCGUAUACAUCAUGAGCUACGAUGUGCCAUCCAUUCACGAGAGAAAAUUCGUCGCGGAUUGGAACAAUCUACCUCUGUUCUUCGGCACUGUGAUAUAUUCUUUCGAGGGUAUUACUUUAGUACUGCCAUUAAUGAAUGAAAUGAAGAAACCUAGCAAUUUUAAUAAAGUAUUUGGUGUUCUUAAUGUCGGUAUGGUGAUAGUCGGCGUUAUGUUCGUCACAAUGGGUUUCCUGUCUUAUUUGAAAUAUGGUGAUGAUGUCGCCGGUUCGGUCACACUCAAUCUUGCACCACAGGAAAUGGUGGACGGAAAAGUCAUCAAUCAAUUAAGUUUGCCGCAAUGCAUCAAGAUUGCCAUCUCUUUGAGCAUAUUACUUACCUACGCGUUGCAGUUUUAUGUCCCGAUUGCAAUAAUAUGGCCUGGCAUCGUUGACAGAUUUGGUCCAUUUAGAUGGCCAGUGUUCACCGAGAUCUUAUUUCGUUCCACCAUGUGUCUUGUUACCUUUAUUUUGGCAGAGGCAGUACCAAAAUUGGGUCUCUUCAUAUCGCUGGUCGGAGCUGUUAGUAGCACCGCCCUGGCUCUCGUGUUUCCACCGAUGAUCGAGAUGAUCGUCUGUUGGCACAACGCCAGUUUCGGUUUCUUCACAAUCACAAAGGACAUGAUCAUAAUACUAAUCGGCGUGUUGGGUUUCAUCACUGGAACGUAUGAGAGCGUGACGUCGAUCGUCAAGUCGUUCAGCAAUUAAAUUAAAUUACGCGCUUCAGACACUCUGUACAAAUUAUUCUUAAUUUAUAUCUCCUAAACGCGUACGCGCGCAAGUUUAAAUGGACCAUGACACCUACGGUAUUUCCUUGCGUGGAUAGUGAAAUUCGCGCACUUCAAAAUUCUGUAUGCUCGUAUAGAUGUCGGCCGUGUCUCAUACACCGACAUUAGCCAUUUUAACGUGACGAUAAUAAUUUAUGUGUGAUAUAUCAAUAGAUAGCUAAUAAGGUAUAACAUAGGUUGCGCACACCAAUGAUUGUUAAUAGUAAUCAGUCAAACAGCGCAAGUCCUUUGAGUUUGUCUUGUUUGACUUGUGCUUUAUUUGUGCGUUUAAUAAAUUCACAUGGAUUUGAACUUUAAUAGAAAGAGUGAAAGCCAUAGUGAUAUA